UGUGGCAGUAAGAAGGACUUCCUGAAGACAGUCAUCCAUCCUGAGGGAAUAAACAACGGACGUCAGCUGAUGAAGACAGAGUCUCUACCUCCCAACCAGCAGUAUGUCCCUUCGGAGGAAACGCCUCUGUGCCCUGAAAGGAGCCAGACCUGCCAUGAACAGAGCAGUGUCAGACCCGGCGCGGACCCUGGGCCGGAGGAAACUGGUGAGGAACCGUUUCACCAUCGACACAGACAUCGUCUUCGACGGCGARCCGGACCAGGAGUCCCCUCUGUCCCCAYUGUCCCCUGAAGAGCCUGAGGGACAGGGACAAAAGGAAGGACAGGGACGGGGCGAGGUGCAGACAGGGGAUACAGACCGCUGGGUGGAGGAGCAGUUUGACCUGGAGCGCUACGAGGAGGAGGCGCAGGUGAAAGGAGGAGGAGACGUUAAAGAGACAGACAUCCUUAGUGACGAUGACGAUUUCUGCCAGUCUGUCGGAGGACCCUCCUCUGAACCUCCAUCCACCGCAGACCUUGAAGGGCCUGUAGGGGCCCUGUCCUUGGGAGAAGAAGGCAAAGAGGUGGGCCCUAAACACCUCCAGCCCCAGGGAGCCAUGGGGACCACUACCCCAGAGAUGAGGCUCCCCCACCUGGGGAAGCAGUGUGCUCUGGUUGGGGUGAGCGUGGAUGACCAGGGGUCUAGGGGGGAAGCUAAGGACAUCUGGGUACGCAGGGAGGACUGUCCUCCGGACUCACCAGAACUAGACUAGAAGAGGAGAGAGAACUCUACAGACAGUAGUGUGCCUCAGACAGAGAGCUUUACAUGACUCCUUUUUAGUGCACUUCUUUUGACCAGGUCCUAUAGGGUAUCCCAUAGGCCCCUGGUAAAAAAAAAAAGUAGUGCACUAUAUAGGGAAUAGGGUACAUUUUGGGACACAGUUCAUGGGCUUCAAGACCAGAGACGAUCCAGUGAAGUCAAUCAAUCCCCAUCCGACCACAAUGCAUGUGUAUAGACAUGUAUGGURCGUCUACUGUGAGAGUUCUCCUGUGGUUGAAUGUGUUGUUUUUUGUUGUAGUGUACAGAUAGACUGGUGAACCUCGAACUGAGAAGCCCUCCAAUGGGAGCCAUACUGGAAUACAAGGAGAGGAGAGCGGUCUUAUCCAAUCAACCAAUGAUAAUAACGACAUGGAGGGCUCUUCUAAUCGUGGUGACGUUAGAGGCCAAGCUGUAAGAGAUUGACACUGACCGUCUGUCUAACGGUACAAUCACGGACCCUGAUCAAUACUGUUGAUUGGCAUGGUUUGCACAUAGGGGUAGAUUCCUGGGGUUACUAUAGGUUCCUGCUUAUUGUUGCCACGUGGGUAUUUGUUGUGAACACAUGAAGCCUUGUCUGAGAGACAGAGACUUUGUAUCAUAGUAAAAGGCUGUAUAUUAUUUAAAUAUCAAAAUAAUACUCGACUGUAGAGGACAGCCUAGUCUUUAAGUCGCCUGUUUUCACAGUAUUUUAUCUACUCAGUUUCUCGAUUUACUUCCGUUGUUGUGUAUAUCAUUUUGACCUCCUGUUUUGUAAACCGAAACCAGGCUCUAUUUUAUUUUUUUGUCUUAAAACUAUUUUGUUCGUUCUGUGAAUAACAGAUGUGUGUUUUAUUAACCUCAUCUUCACUCUUCACUUAAGGGAUUUCAAUUGUCUUUUAACUUAACAAAAUCCUGUUUUACUUGAAUUGUCAUAUUAUUUUUGUUAUUUUUUUCUCUAUAUUUGUAUUUUUUUUUAACUUUCUGACCAUUUUAUUAACCUUUUACUGCUCUUCAUGGCACCCGUUCUGAUUUGCUACACCCUGUCACCUUUUAUUAUUACCUACGCUGUUGGUGCACGUGUUUGUUAUGGACAACUUGCACAUACAUUCAUUACAUUCAAGUAUUUUACCAUUAAUGAAAAGGAAAUCUUGUUGUUUCACCAUCAAUAAUGCAUUUUCAAAACCAUGUUUUUUUUUAUUUAUUUGUUAAGUGAAUUGGUGUUGAUGAUAUUUUUUGGGGGGCCACCAAAACGGACAACCCCCCCACACACACAGAAAAUAACCUUCUCAAAUACAUGUAAAACUUGCUGGAUGCAAUCAAGAUGGUGAAGAUGUCUACACUAGUGUCAAAUGGUGAAAAGAAAUCCUAUAAUAUUACUAAUAAUACUUGUGAAACAACCCAUUGUGCUACUAAGACUACAUUUGUAUUACUCUGUAUGUAAAUAUUACAAUGUGUUGAUAUCAUAUCAAAUAAAUUGGUUUCCUACUUACAGCA